AUGACUAAAUCAUAUGUGAUCAGCUGUGAGCCUGUGACAGCUGAGAAAACAAACAUCGCAAGUAGUGACAGUUAUAGGGACAAUCUGGAAAGAAUUAUUCGAGUGGAUGAUUCUACGUUCAGAGGGGCAGACCUUGCAGCUAUUAUAAGAAACAAAUAUGGAAGGUCCUAUGAUGUACAACUCAGAAAGAAGGAGUUCAUGGGGAGAAACCUGCUUGCAAUGAAUGUCAUGUGGAAGUACAGGGAGCAGCUUCUCUCUUUCUUAUGCCCAAGUGAGAACACUGGAACCAAGUUACAGGAAAUGUCCAACGGUAUUACCUUUGCCUUAAGAGCUGGUUGGCAUGGCACUAAGAUCAUUCCAUUGACUGAAGAAUACAUAUUGAGGCUUGACGAUGUGGCAAAUAAUUUGAGAUGUUGGGGUGCUGUCUCACAUAUCCGAAGCAGCCUCUCAAAGUCGAAGGAGCCGCCACGAAUUGGAAAGGCUGUAAGCAUAUUCAUAGACAUGGAUGAGUCUGGCGCUCGUUCAAAUGAAUGGCAGAAUGGAUCUACAAAUGAGUUUUUGUAA